UUUUCAAAUACAAAAGAAAAUCAAUUUGAAUUUGAAUUUGAAGUAAUGUUUUAGCAACAAAAUGGCAAUUGUUUUAUUUAUGAGCAGUGAAAAUGGUGAGGAACAGAUUAUCAGAAGAAGGAUAAGGGAUGCAUCAAAUCCAUUCGAGUUUGAAAGUUCAAAAUUUAUUAAGAAUUUUCGAUUAAACAAAAGUGCUUUCAAGUACGUGUUGGAUGAGCUGAACACCGAAGUUGAAAGGGGAACAUCUGUGUCUAUAUCUCCAAUCAUAAUGUUGGCAACCACGUUGCGAUUUGUCGCAGAAGGUGGAUACCAAUUUGGAGUAGGCAAGGACGGUGGUAUUAAACUUUCUCAAUCGUCGGUGUCAAAGUGCAUAAAAAAGUGGUAUCUGCAUUAGAAGCUAAACUAUGCCCCAAAUGGAUAAAUUUUAAAGCCAAUGACGAAGAAAAGGAAGCAAUUAGGGGACAUUUUUACCAAAAGUUCGGUUUUCCAGGAGUGAUCGGUUGCGUUGAUGGUACGCACGU